AUGGAAAUCCCUACCAUAUCCCCAGAGUAUAUCAAGGCGACAAUUACGGGAGCGGACAGCACAAAAGCCCGUGUCUUGUCCGCCGACGAGAUUGACCCAACCUUCAAGUCCCAAUACACAGACCUCAUCUCCGCCCCCCUAGGCUCCCGCAUCCUCUCCUUCAGCGACGAAUGGUUCGCCGCCGCCUCCAACCUCACCACCCCAACCCCUCCCAUCCGCCGACCAGGCGUCUUCACACACGCCGGCGCCUGGUACGACGGCUGGGAGACGCGCCGGCACAACACCGAGCCCGCCGACUGGGUCGUGUUCCGCCUCGGCGUCGCGAGCGGGAAGGUCAUCGGCGCGGAAAUCGACACUGCGUUCUUCAACGGCAACCACGCACCCGAGAUCGCCAUCGAGGGCACCUUCGCGAGCGACGACCAGGAGGACGAGGUCAAGAAGCCCGGGUACACGGGCUGGGAGACCAUCCUUAGCAAGCAGGAAUGCGGGCCCAGUCAGCGCCACGGCUGGAUCCUGAAUCAAUUGACGGAGAAGGCGUACACGCACGUCAGGCUGCUUAUGUAUCCUGAUGGCGGCAUCGCGCGGUUCAGGUUGUACGGAAAUGCGGUCCCUGUGUUCCCGCAGAGCAUCGACGAGGUGUUUGAGCUCAGUGCGACGGUCAAUGGCGGCGUUGCGACAUCCUGCUCUGACCAGCACUUCGGAACCAAGGAUAACCUAUUGCUUCCCGGUCGCGGAAAGGAUAUGGGCGAUGGGUGGGAGACGAAGCGUACGCGCGGUGUGCACAUUGACUGGACGAUUGUGAGGCUGGGCGCGAAGGGCGAGAUCGAUAACAUCGUCAUCGACACGGCGCAUUUCCGCGGUAACUUCCCGCAGAAGGUGCAGGUGUAUGCGGGAGAGUUCGAGAAGGACCCUGGACAUGAGGAUAAGGGAUGGGUGGAGGUUUUGUCGCCACAGAAGAGUGGACCGGAUAAGGAGCACGUGUACGGUCAGGAGGUGUUGACCGACGUGAAGGGCAAGAAGUAUACUCACGCUAAGUUGAUCAUCAUUCCUGACGGCGGAGUCAAACGAUUCAGGGUGUUUGGAAAGCGAGUCGUUUGA